UGACAAAGUUACAGCUCCAAAACAGUGAAAGGCUACUCAAAUGAGGGGACACAGCAAAAAUUCGAGACUUAAAAUGUUAAUUGUUUGUUUUCUGACACUAUCUGCUUCUGAGUCACUGUGGAGGUUUCAAACAGGCUGUGGGUGAUGGCCUUAUCCACCACCUAGAGGAAGAAAACCAUGGAAGUCUGUUUGGAGGAUUUGAGCUCUGGUGCAUCUGUUGGCAAGUGUAGUUGAGGUCUGUAGUCAUUGAAAAGGAAAUACUGAAAUGAUCUAUGGAGCCUGAAUGCCAGUCCAGCCAUGUGGGAGAUCCUCAGUGAGAGAUCAGUCUGAGAUGCUGAAAGGCCCAAAGCUUUGUAGUGCUGGUAAGUGGUAGGAAUUCACAAGGGAAAAGAAGUGUCUCUACCCAAUAUGGAAAAUUCAAAAAGUAGACAGAGAUCUAAUUAACCAAGGAAACAAAAUGGGAAAAAAAUUAAUUGCAUUGAACUUAAGGAGAGGCUCAGAAAACAGGCUGGAGUGGGCAAGAGGAAAUCAGCUGCUGCCAGAGCAUGGAGACACCCUUGGCAUUGCCACUGGAAGGAAGCUGUUCUGUUAAUCCUGCUGCCAAGGUAUUCUGGGGCACAAGAUGUCAUGUGAGCAGCCUGUGCAAGGCCUCUGGGACUCAACGUAGGAGGACAAGGGGUGGCAAGAGGUUUCUGGGAGUGGGUCUUCACUUACAGUGGGACAGAAACACAUGGUGUACACGCACACUUGAUCCACCCUGGCGAUCUUGUAAUGCAUCACUUGAGGUACUGACCAGCACUGGGCUCCACUGGUGGUAGCACAGAACAGUCAGUGCCUCGUGGCAAUAGCUGAGGUGGAGAAUAGGCUUUGAGCAGGGCAUUUCCAUUGCAGGUAAAUAUCCCAGGUGCCUGAGUCCUCUGUGGCUCUGAUCAAAGGGACAGCUCAGCUUAGGACAGCACCCCAAUGAUGGGGUGCAUGACCUGCAGCAUGGUGCUGUGCCAUGUCCCCACCUUUCUGCCAGGACGCCACGCUGGGUUUGCUCUCCCACUCCACAGGUCUUUGGCUCCACAAUGAGGGAGAGGUUAUUGUCUUGGAGGAAGGAGGAGCAAGGCAGAGAACAUUUGCUCAGGGUCACCUGAGGCGCAGCUUGGUACAAUGUGCAAAGACCAUCAAGCCCACAGGAUGCUCGUGAACGUGUCAAGCCCACCUGAGCCAUGGAGCUUCCCACAUCAACCCACAUGCUGCUCUCUCCCUCUUCACCCACAACAGCCCCACCUGGCUUAUGGCAUCGGGUUACCCUGAAAGGAAGGCCUAAUUUUCCUGGAAAAACCAAGUGAUUUUGCUGUUAGGUAACAAGGAUUGGUCCCCAGCCAGGACAUAUGUCCUGGAGCUCAAAGAGCUGGAGCAGUUGCUCCUCCCAGAGAGAAGCCACCAUUAGAGCAAGCUGUGAGUGGGUGGGGUGGGACAUGCUAAAAGGAAAUACGAGAGAGCUGAGUAAACAGUGUAAGCUGGAGUGAAGAGAGAAGCAGCAUGGCAGAGCUUUGUGUCAGCUCCGUUCUGGUGACUGGGGCCAACCGGGGACUCGGCCUGGGGUUUGUCCAGCAUUUCCUGAGGAUGCCAAAACCACCUCAGUGGAUUUUUGCGACCUGUCGGGACCCCAAGGGACAGCGAGCACAGGACCUACAGAAUUUGGCAUCCAAACAUCCCAACCUGGUCAUCAUCGCUCUUGAAAUUGCCGACCCAGCCAGCAUCAAGGCAGCUGCAACCAAGGUUGAGGAGCGCCUGGGGGGCUCUGGGCUCAACCUCCUCAUCAACAAUGCUGGAAUGGUCAAGCCUAAGAUGCUUGAGGCUGAAACACUGGAGGACAUGACUGAGACUUACACCACCAACACAGCUGGACCCCUGCUGAUGGGCCAGGCAUUUCUGCCCUUGCUGAAGAAGGCUGCCCAGGGGAGCCCAGGCUCAGGGCUGAGCUGCAGCAAGGCUGCCAUCGUCAACAUAUCCAGCAUUGGCGGCUCCAUCGCUUCUGCCUUUGGUUGGGAGUUGAUGCAAGUCACCUCGUACCGCUGCAGCAAGGCUGCUCUGAACAUGCUGAGCAAGUGCCAGUCCCUGGCGUACAAGGAGCACGGCGUCCUCUGCGUCUCUCUCCACCCCGGCUGGGUGCAAACCGACUUGGGCAGCUCUGCCGGAGGCGUGCCCCCCGUGACAGUGGAUGACAGCGUGCAAGGGAUGCUGAAGGUCCUCUCCUCCCUCUCUGAGAAGGACACCGGCACCUUCCUGGACUGGGAAGGGAAUGUCAUCCCCUGGUGAGACACCACUGCAGGAUCCUGGCAGCCAGAGGUCCCUUUGGCACUGCUCCCACCUCCCCCACAUCCUCAAUAAACUCCUGCUGA